AUGGUACCAAAACGUCUCUUCGUCACAGCUGCUCUUGUAGCACCGAGCAGUGCUUGGACGGUCUUUACCGUACCGCACACCUCCGGACGAGAUGACACGCCUGGAGUGAUGCAGGCACUAUCCGUCGGUAAUGUUACAAGCAAUGCUACGAUCUUAUUUGAGAAGGGCACUACCUACAAUAUUUUCACACCCAUCAGCUUCCCAAUCAUGCAUAACGUGGAAGUCGCUAUCGAAGGAAACUUGACGUACCCGACUGAUAUUCCGACGAUACAAGCCGAGGUCGCUUCUUCUUCCUACCCAGGAGCAUGGUUUGCUUUCUCGGGUGGCACAAAUGUCACUUUACGGGGCACAACCGACCCUAACUGGGGAUGGGUCGAUGCUCACGGGCAAGCUUGGUGGGACGCGAACCAACAGACCAAUCGUCCUCAUGGAUUUGCCUUUAGCAAGGUUAGCGGUGGAGCUAUUCGCGACAUGAAGAUAUGGAAGCCCAUCGGCUGGAACUUUGCAACCAGCGGAUCCUCAAACGUUCAGAUCGUCAAUAAUCAGAUUUUGGCUGCGUCUACCACCGGGCGACGGCAAGUCUACACGGCGUCUCAAUGCUACUCGCGCUCACUGCUCUGCCCAGGCUUCUCCGCUGGCGGAACUAACUUGUCAUUUUCCAGCAACUACGUGGUUAAUGGUGACGACUGCCUGACUGUCGGAAACGGUGCGAAGAAUAUCCACUGGAUUGAUUCGUACUGCGAAGGCGGGCACGGACUCUCAAUUGGCUCCCUAGGAGAAGACGGACAAGUCGCAGACGUGGAGAACGUCUUGAUUGAGAAUACCGUGAUGAAUAACACUCUUUAUGCGGCCCGCUUCAAGAGUUGGACGGGCGGUAACGGCGCAGCUCGCAACAUAACCUGGCGCAACAUCGCCUUCAAUAACGUUCCUUUCCCGGACGGUCCUCCUCCACCAUCAAACACAGCUAACAACACCCGCGUUGAAGAUUUCCUGUUCCAAAAUUUUGCGGGGACGAUCGAAGAGUCCGUCUCAGAUCCUAUCCCUUCACCUAUCAUUUUCUCACCUUUCAUUCUAGCCACUCGUUCAAGGAAGGUUCGUGCGUAA